AAGUUCAAACUUGCUCUUCCGGGUUCGAGUUUUUCAACCAGUUUUUCAUUACCUGCGUUCUGAUUCGUGCAGGCCUCUUUGCUGAGAUGCACGGCAUACAAGCGUGGGAUGAACGCAUUGCCAUGUAUGGUCGUGCUGUUUCGAUAUCGGAGCUCUCUAUCUCUCUGUGCUGCUGCCGGAUCGUAUCUCGCUCGGUCUUCCCUGGGUUCGACGGACACCGCCAGAUUCGGCCAGAAGACGCUCCGAGGACCAGAAGAGCUGGAGAAAAGGAGGAAAUUCCGACGAUGUUUCUGUCAUUUCGUGGUCGACCAGACGCUCCAUCUCGACCCUCUUCAACUACUCCAUUCCACCCACGGCCGUGGUAACACCAUCAGGAUGCGAGUGUGCAGUGGCGUCGAGGUCCGCUUUUUCCCAGGGUGCCAUGCUCGGUGGCUUUUUGCGUCACACCUCUUUCGGCCAAGAGUGCAGGCGGGAAUGAAGCACAUCAAGCAAGUUCGGUGGGUGAAAGUGGAUAAUUUUCGUGGGGGAAGUAUAUGGCCGGUAUUGGCAUUUGGAAAUAGCCUUGCAUGCAAGGCAUGCCUUGUUCUGUUUUGCCAGAAUGCAUCUCGAGGCCUAACUGACACCAGAGCUAAAUUGGCAUUACAGCUCCGUAAUACUCGAACAGACUUUCCGCUCAAGUGGCAGGUCGAGGUUGCAGAAGUUCCAUGAUCUAUUCCAAAGUCCCAUCGGGCAAGACCUUCGGCUUCGUGCCUUCAUUUGCCGCACCGCACUGCACAAACCAAUGCGGGUUCAUCUUGAAUUUCCUGCCACUUACAUACUCAACUAUUCUUUUACGGCACACCGCUUCCUCCUCGAACUCUGGUAGCAGAAUGUACGCAACAGCUGACUGUCCACCAAUCUUACCUGCCGGCAAAUCGGAUGGGUGCUUUUCUCUGCAAAGGAGAGGCCUUGGCACUCGCGGAAUUCGGAUC